AUGAAGUUCUGUCUUGUGUUUUGUGUAGUUGUGUCUCUUGUGACGGGCACACCAGUGCCUUUAAACACACAAGACUGUGCCACGUGCACAGAGAGCGCCCGAUCUCUGCUCCACAACCUCUUACAUAUCAUGGAGAAGGAGGGGAGGAUGAACCAGGACUUGUUUGCAGGUUUUAACUGCACUGAACAAACAGCACAAAUGAUUCCACACACUGAAACUGCAGCAGUCUGUCAACCCAACACACCUGCUAAUACGACCUGCUCAAACCAACAGAACUCUUCAUUCAGUGCGACGGCGUGUAUGAGGAGCAUCAGUGAUGAUCUGUACUACUAUUACACCUUGUUGAACUCAUAUGUUCAGACAGACAGCUACAAACACUCUAAGCAAGAUCUUGAACCUGUUAUAACAUCUACAGAAAACCUCAAGAAAUGUUUGCGACAAAAGUGUACACAUCUGUCAACUGAGCCUGCGCUGCAAGAGUGGGUGGUGUGGCGCGGCUCGUCGUUUGACGAUCGUUUAUCGCUGUGUAAGACACUGAAAGGCUUCCAUGUGCGCACCAUCACCAUCAACAGAGCGCUCAGGUACAUCACCUCCGGAGACUACAGGAAGUGA